UCUUGCGUCUCCAUCUUCCUUUCCAAGACUUGGAAGCUUCGUAGUUGUCGCAGGCAAUGGAAACCCCAUCAUCCACGGGAAGGAACACAAGAUCUCAGGCCGCCGCCGAAUGCACUGUCGCAAGCAAGCAAGAGGAGUCGCACUCGAGAUCGAGAAACGGAGAGGAACGGGCGGGGCUUAUUGACGUCACCAACGACUCGCCCGUCGUCGGGCUCGCCGCUGGGCGGCUACUGGUGGAGAAGACGGCCUCGUCGUCGUCGGUCGAGAGCCGGGUUCCAGCGAGUAGGACCCCCGUGUCGGGCGAGGAGGUGCUCCGUGGCCAGGUGCGGACGCUGCUGCAGAAGGUUGAGGAAGACGCUGAGCUUGUCGAUAAGCUGCCAGUGGGGCAUCCGACGCCGCUGUUCUCCUCCAUCUUGGACCUCGCUAGAUCUCCGAUGCGGCUUCUCGCCCCGACGCCGGCCAAUACGCCGCAGAUACCCGACCUGACCGGCUCGAAGGAAGGCUUUGCUUCCGUGGGGUUCGCAUCGCCUUGUGUUUGUCCAGAACAAGACGACCAUCUAAAGUUCGUUCAGGUUGUGGCGGCUUUCCGCGCAGAGGAACGCCUCGGUCCUCAAGAACUCCUCAUCAACCGGACGCUGACGUUCGACUCCCCUGAGAAAUCGGGCGACGAGGAGGAGGAGGAGUUGGAUGGCUUGUGCGACGGUCUGAAGAAGAUGCGGGUGCAGGAUGUGAAGCAUAGAUUGGCUGAAUUCACAGGGAAGCACACGAGGUUCAUCUACAAUAGCGACGACGAGAUCGAAGGAGAAGAGGAAGUGAUGGCUGCUUCGCCGAACGUGUUGGUGUUGAAGGGGCUGCCUACGCCGGAGGGGAAGCACCUCCGCUUCCAGGAGGAAGACGAAGAAGACUAAGCUCGAAUCUGCCAUAAUUGGACAGAGAACGGGUGCAAUUUCUAUCGGAUAGCAUCAUCUAUUCAAGAAACAGAGAACGCUUUAUAUGUUCUUUACUAUAUCUAAAAUUCUAUCAAUUAGAUUUUUAAUAAAGUUUACAAAUUAAUUAA